AAUCCCUGUCACAGAUGGUGGAGGUUAGCACCUUGAAUGUUGUGGAUGCAAUUUUACUGCAGCUUUACUCCUGCAUUUCACAGGAAAAACAGUAUCAAAUCUAACAAAAAGCAGAAAUGUGCCUAUAUUUUGGUAUAGAAUAUAUCAGGUUCAGAGCAUAAACGUGUGUCAUUAAACAAAGCACAGAGAAUCUAAUUGUAACGGAGGUCAAUGUUUUAUUUGCUGUUAUUAUGACGUUGUUGAUGUUUUUCAAACAGGCGCGCUACACGGACUGCUAUGCGCUGGCGAAGAUACGGGUCCUGGCUAGUGACGUAAUCCGCCGGCGACAAAAAGCGUCUUCUAAACAAUUUUUUUAGUGCGAGAUUUUUGUAGUAUUACUUUGAAAUCUUAACAUAAUGGCACUUGAAACGGUCCCCAAAGACUUGCGACAUCUUAGAGCGUGUCUUCUUUGUUCUUUAGUGAAGACCAUUGAUCAGUUUGAAUACGAUGGCUGUGAUAACUGUGAGUCGUACCUUCAGAUGAAGGGCAACCGAGAGAUGGUGUAUGAGUGCACAAGCUCCUCGUUUGAUGGUGUAAUAGCUAUGAUGAGUCCUGAGGACAGCUGGGUUGCCAAGUGGCAGAGGAUAGGUAAUUUUAAGCCAGGCGUGUAUGCAGUGUCAGUGACGGGCCGACUACCUCCAGGUGUGGUGAGAGAACUGAAAAGCAGAGGAGUGAUUUACAAAUCCAGAGACACAGCUGUGAAGUCAUGAGCCAAAUCUCUACAGCUUCAGGAAAAGGCAACAGUAGUGGGACUAAAUUUGACCUGUGAUGUCUUGUGGAACUUUACUCCAUGUGUACAAUUUUUAUUUUAUGUUAUCAUUUAGAAGUUAUAGAUUAUCAUAUGUUGGAUUCUUGAAUAUUUGAAAAAAUAAAAUGUUUUAUAAACAGCUAA